UCGACGGUUUAGUCGCUGUCAGACACCGGCCUCGUGCGCUGGUUGUGUCGACGCAGAGAAUCGUUGGAAAUAAGGAAAGGGGGGGAAAGAAGAAGAAAGAACAAAGCUGGGACCGACGGCGCGUCGGGUCGAGGAAAAGCUUGUCGAGAUACAUAUUGAGAACCCGCGGGACGCCAUCGGGCCCUCGAUCCAUCGGCGUAGCGCGAUAAACGCGGAGACAUCGACGCCCGCAAAGGCCCCAAAGUGCCUCGCCAAUGCUCGCGCAAGAGUUCGGGGACCACGCCGAAUGGCCUUGCAGCGUAUCAAAGUUCGAGAGAACAAACACCGUGGAAUUGUUGUGCAAAGUGUGAAGUAAAGAAGGAAUAAAAGGGAUUGAUUCAAUUUUACGCGUUCCAUCCGAUCUUCCACGUGAGUUUCUACAACCUCACUUGCACCGCAAAAUUUUUGUACCUUGUACGCGCUUUCACACCAGUUUCUAUUAUAGGACAUUAUCGCUUUACUUUGACGUCCACCAACCAGAACUACCAAUUACUACAAAGUUCUUGGGUAAACACAGCGCGAGUGUGCGUCGUACGCGGUGUAUACGAAAUAUUUUGGAGAAACGGAUGAAACUAUAAUUGUACGUGUGUGCGUGAUUCGCAGUUUGCGCAGAGCUAAUGUGUAUGUAGAAUUAUAGCUGCGCGUGUUCGGUGUUGGUUUAGAAAGUAUACCUUCGACUGCUGCAUACACAGUGAAUCUCAACGUCGCGAUAUAAACUCGAUCUAAAACGAUUUACAACAUACCGCGGUGCGAUCGCAGUCCCAAAAUUCGUUUAUCUUGUAAAUCAAAUUUUCUAAACUAAAUAAAUAUACGGAAACCGGAUUUUUUCGCUUUUUUCACUUGGUUUCGUUAACGUGCUUGCGGUAAUCUUUGAAUGCGAGAAAUCGGCACGAUCUUUAAAGACAAGACACCGAACAGUGAAGUGAAUAUCAUAUCGGGAUACACGGUUCUGGGAUAUAUGGUUACUCCAAACCGAGGAGUAGAUUUUGAACUCAAUUUUAAUUACAUACGAACCGUGAAUCGAGAUGUGACGAAAGAGCUGUAACACAUUCCACUGCGACAUCAAAUUAGAUGUAAUCCAUUUGAUGAACUAGUCAAAACGUAGAAAUUUUUCACGCGUACGAUGUAGAAAAUAUUUUACAAGUCUUCGGAAAAACCGUCGAACUGCAGAAUUAAAUCAUAGAUGAUAUAAAAGAGUGUUUUAAGAUCUGACACAAAAACGUGAAUCGAAUGGUCGAUAAGAACGAAAAUCAAAACAUAUCAAAAUCAAAUCGUUCAGUGUGUGUUGUUUAAAUUGUUGUUUAAAAUGCUAUUUGCGAAUCUAAUAAAUAUCCGAUAUAACUCAGGCAGUGUUGGGUGAUACUGACGAUUGGUUAAUGAAGCGAUACAGGCGUUAAUCGCGUGUGAGUACAUCGGAGUGCGAGGGGAAAAAAUUGUGCGCCCAGGAAUAUAGGUCGAAGGGAGAAUUAUACCCUGAAAAAACACGCACACCCAGCGUUAAUUGCAUUGGUUACGCGCUGCAGGAUUUAUCAGCGAAUUAUCAGCCCAUGCAGCGAAAUGUUCGUUAUAUGCGCGAUCAUCGCUGCAGCGGCCUUCUUCACAGAAGCCGGCUGCCAGUACAGUGACAACACUCCUCCAGUGACGAACGUCUACCGGGAUUGGGUUGUCGCCGACAACGCAACCAUUGGAACUGUCGUGACGGUCGUUAGGGCUGAAGACAAUGAACAAACAAAGUUGACUUACGGAUUGGAACCAGUGGGACACACCUUGAAUUGGGAAAACGCUCCGCAACGGCCCUUGCCUUUUUACAUCGAUAACAGCACUGGGACCGUCUUCACCAACGAGUCCCUCCUAGGCAGAGGAGGUGAGAGCCUGUCUCUGUACGUGACUGUCUCGGAUGGUAAGCUCGAAGUGAAGACUGAAGUCUACGCACGCAUCCUGAACUCUUCGGCACGGAAUGGAGGCCACUCCAGCAGUCGAUCCCCUUAUCCUCAACCUUCUGGAGAUAGAUUCAGACCACCAUUUGGUUUUGUGCCGUACCAUGGAUCCCCGCAACCGCCGGAUAUAUUUGCAAUGACGAACAGGCCCCCGCCUCCCCUGCCGCCACCCGCGACAUCUCCGAGAACAACGAUACUACAUCCGCAGCCAUCUAGGACAAAAAAACCUGAGGUUUUAGCGUCGUCCACGAGCCCGCCAACCAGCAAGUCGGUGGCAUCAAAUGAAAUUCUUGGAACCGCGUUAUCGAAUAAUAACGUGAACACCAGCGAACAAAACGGGCCCCAAGAUCUCGCUAUGACGAUCGUCCCUGUGGCUGCUGUGUGCGCACUUGUUCUUGGACUGGGAAUGGGCGCUUGGUCACUUAGGCACAAAUUUUGCAGUAGCAAGAAAUCGAAAGAGGAAAUGAAGGAGUCAGCUUCCGCUACGGUAUCGAAUCUAUCCGACAAUCCAUCCCUUGUCUUCAGCGGUUGGGGUCGUCCAAAAGCACGCAGCAACACGUACGAAGGUCCGGACAAAGAGAACCCCUCGGGAGUACAGAGUAAAGUUGCCCCGGAUGAUUGGGAGUUUCCUAGACAUCGGCUCAAGAUAUUCAACAUUCUUGGCGAAGGCUGCUUUGGACAGGUUUGGAAAUGUGAGGCCCAAGAUAUCGACGGCAAGCCGGGGCCCAGCAUAGUUGCUGUUAAAACCUUGAAGGAAAAUGCAACGGAGCGAGAGAGACUGGACCUUGCCCAAGAGCUCAAAGUUAUGAAAUCAUUGGAGACACACCCGAACGUCGUGAGGCUGUUGGGAUGCUGCACGGAACGCGAGCCAAUGUUUGUUAUCCUCGAGUACGUCAGCGGAGGGAAAUUACAAAGCUUUUUGAGAGCCUCUAGAGAGGAGAGAAAUCACGGAGGUCCCGGUCUAACUUCGCGGGAUCUCACUGGAUUCGUUUAUCAGAUUGCUCGAGGAAUGGAGUACCUCGCAACGAGAGGAGUCAUACACAGGGACCUGGCGGCUAGGAAUAUUUUGAUAGACGAAAAUAGGGCGUGCAAAGUCGCGGAUUUCGGAUUCGCCCGAGACGUGGCGGCGAAUCAAAUAUACGAAAGGAAGUCGGAAGGUCGACUACCGAUCAGAUGGAUGGCGCCCGAGAGCCUAUACGAUAAUAUAUUUUCCGUCAAGUCCGAUAUAUGGAGUUUUGGCGUUUUGAUAUGGGAGAUUGUCACCCUAGGAUCUACGCCAUAUCCGGGGCUGGCAGCUGCUGAGGUAAUGAAGAGGAUCAAGGAAGGAUACAGACUGGAUCGUCCUGAGCACUGCAAAAGAGAACUCUACAAUAUAAUGUAUUAUUGCUGGGACAAGGACCCAGCCUGCAGACCUUCGUUCACCGAGCUAGUCAAUCUUGCGGAAGGUCUACUGCUCGAUGAAACCGAUUAUAUCGAGCUCGAUAGAUUUCCCGACCACUCGUACUACAACGUCCUCAGUCUCAGUGGCGAAAAAUUAUAACAAUAAAUAUAGCCGUCAACGAUCAUAUUACAGGAGCUAGAACUGAGCCUGAGGAAUGAUGUUUUUAAGACUGUCAGAAUUCGAAGUAUCACACGUUCGUUUCAGAUUUCCGAUCGACGCGCGGGUAAGUAUCCGACAGUGCAGAUGAUCAACGAUAAAAUUUUUAUUUCAUUUGUCUAAUCGAAUAAACGAUUGGAAUAAGAGGAUAGUAACGAAAGACUUGAAGUAAUAGGAGCGUCGGCAAUAAAAUAUUUAUGGAGACAUUGAACGUUAUAUUAUUAUCAUUAUGUUUGUAAUUUUAUCGAAAAUUUGCGUAUUUUUUUUUCGUAUACGAUAUGAGUUUAUUUCUCAAUUUAUAAAAAUUUACGUCAAAUUUCUCGACAACCGUUGAAUGUGAGGUUUAAUUGAUAAUUAGAAUUUUGUUGUAAUUCAAAUGAAGGUCUCCAAAUUUUCAACUUGAACGUACCUCAAAAUCAAACAAGUAUACGUACUGUGACAAACUUUUUUUUCCACAUUAUAUGCGGAAAUGUAUAACUAGCGUCAAUGAUAAGAUAUACUCUUGUAAAUAAUUUAAAAAAUUAAAAGCAUAAUCACAACUAAAAGAAAAGAAAAAUCGUAAUAGGUCUUUGAUAUCGUAUUCAACAGAUAAUCAUACUUCGGUUUGUACUUAUGUCAAAUUCAGAGCAAACCUUAAUUAAUAUUCGGGGAAAAAAUAACAGAAAUAUUGAUUUUAAAAAACAGAACGGCAAAAAUGGAAAAUAAUCUGAAAGAAGAAAGAACGAUUCGAUCCAUUGAUGGAAAGGCAAAUAAAUAGUAGUUUGAUAUUACUAUUUCAUGAAUAUCAAGCCUCGUUUGAUAGUAAAACAUCUUUUAACACGAAAAUUAAAUAAGCUUCGUUCAAUUUUCAACCACAUUAAAGUACGCCAAAUAAAAAUUAAUCUGUUCGAAUGAAAAGCCACAAAAAAAAGUCGCACCAUUCUCUUCCAACGUGUAAAUAUGUACGUCAGUGUAUAACAAUAAGUUAUUUCUAAUGUAAUGUAAUGUAUUAUAAUAAUGGAUAAU